AUGACACGACCAUCGAUCGUCAGAGCUGAUACUAUCGAUCUUCAAGAUCACCACUCUCCAUCGGCCCAGGACCACUCGAAAAGCCCACGCUUGGGCGGCAACGCCAACUCCCUAGGUCCCCACCAAGCUGAGACAAUUCGUGAGGUCACACACGACAUUGCAGACGAACAACGACGCUCUCCAAGGGUUUCUCUCGAUAACCGCAACAGCCUCGACGAAAUUGAUUCCUUUGCAGACGAACUUGUCGCAAACUCUACAAGUGGCAAUACUCGCGCACAGGGCGCACACGACAACAAUAGCAAUAUGAACCAAGAAGAUGCACUGGCAAUUGCGCAGAAUGGAGGCGUCUCAUCUUCGGAUGAGGGCGAGCUCGACGGCGACGAUGACCUCGAUGACGACAUGAUGGAUAAGAUCUCAAGUUCGCCCUCGAUUGAAGAUGGUGGGUGCUACCCCGUCGCUGCCCCUGCGGCAUGGCCACGCCGUGUCUCUUCCCUACCCUCGCAGAGGAGUAGUACUCCCAGUAUCUCUGGUUCAAGCGGCACCAGGGUUUGCUCGCCAUAUCCCCGAACCCCCCUACUGCGUACCCAGCCCAUGCGCAAUUGCGCAGCUUCCACGAGCAUUUCUCACGAAAGUCCGGAAUCAUCGUCUUCAUGUAUUGGAGGAAAAGGAACUGUAGCCGAUAACAGAGAGCAGGACAUAUUCUAUGACUGUGAUCCAAUGAUGGAUCUAUCCGAUUCGGAUUUGGACGACGACGAAACCCCCGACUUCGAUCCCGCGCUUACUGUUCCCUACGAAGAAUCUUUUGAAGACGAUGAUUCUGCACUAUCCAUUCCUGAUGACUACAAUUUCAUUGACUCCGGCUGGGCGGUUGAGUGCUUACAAGACAUAGAGGACAUUGAUUUCGAAUUCGUUUACGCCCUUCAUACUUUCGUAGCUACCGUUGAAGGUCAAGCAAAUGCAACCAAAGGUGACACUAUGGUUUUGCUAGACGAUAGCAAUAGCUACUGGUGGCUAGUCAGAGUUGUUAAAGACAGCAGCAUCGGAUAUCUACCCGCAGAGCAUAUUGAGACGCCAACAGAACGUCUAGCACGUCUGAAUAAACACAGGAAUAUCGAUCUCUCUGCAACUAUGUUGGGGGACACGGCGGAGAAGAAGCAACAGACGUUCAAAUCGCCAAUUAGAUUUGGACGCAAAACGGUCACAUUCACUUCCCCAACGUACCAUGACUACACUGAAAUCGACGAUUAUUCGUCCGACGAAGAGGACUUGGACGACUUAUUCGCCGGCUCGACCAGUACAGCCAAGCAAGAUCAGCAACAAGAACAAAAGAAAGAUACUCGAGAUCCAGCUUCAACAAUAUCGAUCAUAGAAGAUGAUUCAUCAGAAGAGGGCGCCAGGGUUGAGCCUCUUAAGCCCCGUUCAAAUAAAGAAGUUAAAAUGGCUAUAGAGCCGUCAAAGGUCGACACUGUGCAAGAGGAAGAUGAGACGAGAAGCAGUGAGGAAAUACUAUUCGACAACAAGCAGGAAGGCCCCAGCAGAUCCCGCAAUGGUACUGUCAGAAACACCGACUCUUUCUUCAGAGAUGAGACAGUUGAGACCAAGAAGAUCACCCUCACGCCUAAUUUACUACGAGACGACAAUCAACCUCGGCCUUCCCAGGACUCAACUACCAAGGAUAUCAAGUCCCGAGGAAGUCUUGAUAAGCUGGACAAGGAGCUCAUGUCUGACAAGGAGAAGAAGAAGCACCAAGAUAAGUCUCGGAAAGAGAAGGAAAAGAAGCCGAGCGCCAUCCGAAGUUUCUUUUCCAGAAAGGACAGAAAGAAGUCGGUUGACGAUGAUGACGAAUCUUUUGGCAAGCGCUCUAUGGAUAUCGUAUCGGAGCCUCGGGACAGCGAGUCAAUUGAAGAGGUCGCAUCGCCUGACAGACAACCACAACGGAGUACUAGCAAACUUCAGAAGCAGCUUCCCCGAACUGAAGCAUCUCCUGGCAAGGCUGGGGAGACCUCGUCGACAAUGGAACUCGCAGCUUAUCUGGCUGAGUCUCGGGUCAACGAUGUGUCCAACGUGCCACCAGCGUCGAUGCGGAUCGUCAAUCCCGAGACACAGGAGACACAUGAAGUGCCAUCAAAUUCACAAAGUGGUGGGGAUCCGGCCAAGGUACGUUCCUCCUCAGCCGCUGCACAACACGACGAUACGAAGGCAUUGGCGAGGGCGUUGGGCCGCAGCGCAAGCACAGGAGGCGAGCCCAGGGCAACCAAGACAGUCAAGCCUCGUCCAUUGAUGGAUCUGGAUGAACUGUCAAGCUCCGAUGAGGAUGAUGUGUCUCAGCCUACGAACCGAACCACACCAGAGCAACCCGUCGAGAAGAAGCCCGAGGGCGGACUACGACCACAACUGCCAGGAGCGUUCCCUGAUAGCUUCGAUGCUACCGCCAAGCCGAACGCAUCCACAGCGGCAGGCCAAGGCCAGAAGGAUCGUCUGUCAGAAUCACCGGUGCAGGUGUCACCUGUCAACGGAACACGACCACCAGCACUGGAGAUCGACACGUCCUCCCAGGAAGGUCGCUCGUCCUCCGAUGUACCGUCGCCAGAGCUCAUGCCUGGUGACGAGACACCUAAGGAUAGUAGUUCAACGAAAAGUGCCAAAGAACCUGGCUGGGAUGACGAGAAGCUUCGUGCCUUCUUUGACGAUGGUGAGCACGUUCGAGACCUUCUCAUGGUCGUGUACGACAAGACAGACGUGGAACCUGUUAGCAAAGACCACCCGGUGGUUAGUGGUAUGUUUAGAGAGCAGAACGCGAAGCUAGCGGAGAUUACCACUCAACUUGACAAUAUGCUCGGGGACUGGUUGGCUAGAAAGCAACGGCUUCGCGGCUCAGUAUGA